UCUCUCUCGCUCUGACACUUCGAAUGUCACUUUUGUUGCGGCUCGAAGCGCACAGCGCAUAGAAAAAUAAAGCCGCCCAAAACGUUCAAGCCCGAAUGUGUUCGCUAGCACUUGAUACCCGAAUUAUUCAAUAGGAAAAACUGUCUGAAAGAUUGCUGUUGCUAUUUGCGUGGAAUUGGAGGUUAUGGUGAAGCGGUAAGCGAAGCAAGAAAGAAAGUGUUUGUGUUAUUUUCACCUCAACCGCGUUCGGAACACAGCUCGAGAAUGGAUUUCAAUGCGCUCCUCCAGCAAGCCCAAAAGCUCACCCAUGAGACACAAGUUUCGGAUGAUUUGCCACGCGUGGAGCGUACCCUGCCGCAAGUGUUACAAGCAACGCAGGAACUGCAUUCCCGGGUAACGCAAACCGGUGCACAGGACAUGCAAGCGCACAUCCUGCUGGGAUCGAAUGGAAUUGAUUUGCCAAAAAUCUCGCAAAAGCUGGAAACGCUCAGCGCCCGCAAGACAUUCGAACCGUUGGAUCCGAUCGCUACGACCGAUGUGCAGAACUUCCUACGCAACGAGAAGGAAAACGCCAUACUUGCCGUGAUUGAGGAAGUGCACAAGAAUUCCUACCUAGCUGCCGAAACGCAGAAAUGGGACCACAUGAUGAACGAUUGGAGGCAGGAAAAGGUGAAGCUCAUGAACGCGCUGAUUGGUCCGUCGCAAAGCUGGAUUGACAUUCGCAAAGGUCCCGAGCAGACCAUACUGAACGAAACCACGUUCGGUGGUAGGUCCUCGUUGAACAGCCAGGAGAUGGCUUACGCUCGCGAGGUGCACGAAUACAACAAGCUUGUGUGCGAGGGUGCGAUGCGUCCGUCGCUGGUACAGCGGUUCUCCCAGGUGGCGGAUAGUUUCAACGAUUCGCGUGUCAGCGAUGUUUGGGAGGUAGUAAAGUACAUGGCAAACGUGACACCCAUUCCCAGAAGCCAAGAUCCGAUGAAAGUGCGCUGCUCGCAACAUCUGUUCAUCAACCAAGCGAAGCGCUAUCUGGAGAAUCGAUACAAAGUAUUCAUGCAAACCGUCAUUUCGGAACAUCUCCGAGAGGCGCGCCGUGGCGGCAUACCGAGCGUACUGAAUUUGGUGGGCUCGUUCGUCGGGUUGAAACUCGCCACCCACGGACUGAAUUCAUCGUUCAUAGGACUGCAGGAUGGGCAAGUGGAUGGGAAGCCUUUAUGGCCCAUGGUGUAUUACUGCCUGCGCUGCGGCGAUCUUGCUUCGGCCCUGAAGUGUAUGCAAAUGGCGGGUCAAGGCCAUGAGGAUUUGAUUGCAGUGCUGGAGGAGAAGUGCCACAACCCGGAGCAAAAAACUAACCCACGGUUGGAGCUGCAGAUACGCAUGCAGUACAAGCGACAGAUACGCAACGCAACCGAUCCUUACAAGCGGGCCGUGUACUGCAUUGUAGGAUGCUGCGACAUACAGGAACCGCAUGCCGACAUUGCAAAAACGACGGACGAUUUUCUGUGGAUUCAGCUGUCGUUGAUUCGCACCGAAGGCGACGAUAACUCGGAGCAUUUAACCUGUUCCGGCUUACAGAGCAUGAUCCUGGAGCAGUACGGCGAGAAGCACUACAAUGCCAACGAGCAGCCCCAUCUGUACUUCCAAUUGCUCGCCCUCACCGGGCAGUACGAGGCUGGCAUUGAAUUUUUGUCUCGCUUCGAAAAGUACCGCGUCCAUGCCGUUCACAUUGGAUUGGCGCUGAACGAGCUGCACAUGAUCGGUGGUCCGCGCAAUCUUCAGGAACCGUUGCUAUCGGUCGACUUUGAAGAUCCACAACCGAUGCGACGGCUAAACAUUGCGCGCCUGAUAAUGUUGUACGUGAAAAAGUUCGAAAUUACCGACCCGCCGGAAGCGCUACACUAUUUCUACUUCUUGCGCAAUCUGAAGGACAGCGAGGGACGAAAUCUGUUCCUUGUGAGCGUGGCAGAUCUGGCCAUCGAGUGUCGCGACUUUGAUCUGCUGUUUGGGCGUAUGCAGCGCGAUGGAAUGCGUUCGCGAGGGUUGAUUGAUCAGUUCGAAACGGUGCACAUCGAUGCCCGGACCGUGUGCGAAAUGGUGGCCGAAAAGUUUGUCAAGAAGGGCAUGUUUGAGGAUGCGAUCAAGAUGUUCGAUUUGGCGUGCCAGCAGGAGCAGGCGCUCCGUUACACCUCCAUACUGCUGUCCCAGGUGGUCCAUCACGCCAACAAGGAAGGAUCGCUGCGUGAACGCGUCCAGCGGAUGGCGCACGAGUUCACCGAGCGUUACACGGGUGCGGAGAAAAAUUGUGACUCGCAGACGUGGACCACCUUCAACUUGCUGAAAGAUUUGGCCGCCUUUUUCGAUUACUAUCACGGCAAAAAUCACCAAUCUGCGAUGGACAUACUCGAGCGCAUCAAACUUGUCCCCCUUCGGAUGUCCGAUCUAGACGUGGCGGUCAACAAUUUCAAGCGUUUGUCCGGGGAAGUGUGUAAAGUCAUUCCGGACCUGUUGCUGGCCACGAUGGAUAUUGCCUACACGAAGUUCAAGACUAUGAAGGGCAAGGAUGUCGCCAAGUUCGAUGACCUCGGCAAGAAGAACCAACUAGGGUACCUGCGCGAGCAAGCUAAGGCCCUAACUAACAUGGCCGCGAUGGUGCCGUACCGCAUGCCCGGCGAUACCAACAGUAGGCUUAUUCAAACGGAAAUCCUCAUGCACUGAGGACGGCAACGGGUGCCGGUGGCUUACAUUUUUAAGCUUAAUGUUCAAACAAUUAAUACAAUAAAUGCGAAAACACGUUGCGAAACGAA